GUUCCGAAAGGAAAAGCGUCUUUGGCAACAUGAUCAGGAUGAAAGUCAUAAAUGUUUCAGGGACAUAAAAACAACACUUAACUUUAAAUUAGUCGACCAAGAUUAAUUGUAAACAUCCUGUAGCUGUAAAUCACCAAUAUUUAUACAGUUGCACGCAACUAUGGAAUAAUCACGCAAACUCAUUUUAAUAAAAACAGAAGACUAUGAAUUGUUGCAAUGGCAACAACAAAAACAACAAAUUUGGGGUUGUCAUCCCCUGGUGAAGAGAGAGAGCGACUUGAUAGGCUUUUGAAACUUUUUGAUAACAGUAUUGCAUUUGGCCUGAAAGAUAAUAAAAGAAAAAGAGUUGGAUUUAGAGAUGUUGGAGAUGAAGAGGAAGAUGAUCGACCAAAACUAACUCAAAGAGUGAAGACAUUUUAUGUGGAUUCAUGGCCAGAGGUCAAGUUCAAUGCAGACAACACACUACGACCCCGUUCCAGUAGAUUAAUUGGUGGUACACCUAUUACAAUAGAUACUGCAGUAGCUUUACGACAUAUAGUUUAUGGAUCACCAUAUCACUCCUUUAGUCGUGAGUGGAAGAAGUCUACGUUACAGUUUCAAGAUAUUUCUAGUCCAUUUCCAUGGGGACUUCAGACUCACAGGUGUGGAUCUCGUGGUUUGGUGCUUUGUGUGCAAGCAUUUUUAUUGAAGCAUUUAAUUUUUGAAAGAGAAUACUUUUCUGUGGAACUUGCAAGAAGUGCCUUAAAACCAAAUGAAUUUGAGAGAAAACGUGCAUUAAUUGGUGCUAUAUGUGAGAUGUUAUGGGCAGCAGGUGAAAAGAAACGGUGCUGUAUAUGUCUCUUACAAGAGGAUAGGUGUUAUGAUAAAGAUUAUCGUGUUAGAGAUGAUGGGAUUACUGAGAAGUUGUUUUUAUAUGAGUUCAAGAAAUUCCAGGAUCUUCAACUGUUUGUGAAAAGGAACAUCGAAUUUUUCCAAUCAGAUGGGAGUAAUGGAUGUAUAUGUUUUCUUUAUAGUUUAGCUCUGUCUAGAACUAUCUUUAAAAUAAAAGAAGAUAUACAGUUUACAGAAGACAGUAAAGACAAACUGUUGACAGACAAUGAGGAGUGUUCACAAGCUCUUAUUAAUUUGUUACUGACGGGACAGGCAGUCAAACAUCUACACAAUGGAAAUAUGGUGUAUAAUCAGUUUGGUAAAAUGCUGAUGAAACCUUUGAAAGGUAUUAAACAAAGAAGUCAUGUAGGAUUUUUAUUCUGGGACAAAACUGAAGAUUCUGAUGCAAAAACUGAGGUUGGUAGCAUGUUAAAGACUCCAAAGUAUCCUAUGUGGAUAACAAACAUCAAUGGACAGAUUGGCCUUUUGUUCAGUAUUAACCUAGAUCUAGUCAGUGAUUGGAGGAUAGAAAAUAGAUUUGUUUUAUAUUACUAUACUGGCUUGCCAAACCAUCCAAAAUGUUUUCUAAAUAUUGAAACUCGACAUGGACGUAGAAUACUUGGUAGGACAAACUUAGUAAGACAGAACGAAGAAGGAAAAAUUCCUCAGCUAGAUCAGUGUAUUAUGACAAAAUGGUUUGGUGCUGCUGUUAACUGGAAUGGUACACCAUACUUCUAUUGAACUGGAAUGAAACACCAUUCUUCUGUGGAAAAAAAGGCAGUCAAUAAUAAGUGUCUUAUAAUAAACUCUUCUUGUUACUUCAUGACUUUCAAAUUGAUCGUGUUGAAUUUUACAUAGGCCUCAUGUUGUCAAACAGAAAACAUUCUUUUUGCAGUUCUAUUUUUAUUUGUCUUGUCUUGAUAAAUGCAUGUGUCUAUAACUUAGCUAUGAGAAUUACUUUUCUGACAAGGGAUGGAUUGAUGCAACACCUAAUGUAGUUUCCUGAUAACGUUCAUUUCAGAAUCAGUACAGAACUGAUGAUAAAAGAAGAGUGUAAACAAAUGUACUUUAACUUAACAUAUAUUAAAAAAAAUCAAUGCCCAUACAUGCUGGACGAUUUCUUAAUAAAAAAAAAUAACAUUUAGAAGAAAUGUUGAUUUCCUGAUCACUUCUGACUUGGUAUUUGUGUUUUGCAAAUGACAGCUUUUGGUUGACAAGUUUUUACUCUUGUUAAACAUCUGAAUUUUUAAACAGUUAUUUUAGUUAAAUGAUACCCUCUCAUUAAAAGCUAAGGUAAGGGCUAUUUAACAUACAGAGAACCUAACAUAUUGCAAGUGAAUUUGAAGUAAUUUAAUUUUUCAGUUUUUGAUAAAAUGUUGUUUAUACAGUCAGAUGACAGGCCAUUUGAUUGCUGUUUUUAAUUUUGGUAGGGCAACCAAGACAUCUGUGUAAACUGUGUUUAUUUGCACUGGUAAAAUUUAGAAAACUAAUUCAGAUUGAUCAAUGCCCUGUUUCUAAUUUCUGUUCUACUUUUCAAAAUAAAAUGCAGUGGAGGACAAGGGGGGAAUCUUUAAUCAUAUCCAUGUCCCAUGCAAAGUGUUUUGGAAGUUCCUGAUUUAUAUUUGAUGAUCAUGCAUGAAUUACUUCAAAUGAAGGGUUUACAAAAUGUUAUUCAUGUCUGAAAAGAGGGGGAAAUAUGUUAACAUGGCGCAAAUAUUUUGAAAACUGAUGCUGGCGAUUUUUCUGGUGACAACUUUUCAGAGGCUAGCACAGUCCCUGGGAACAGUUUUUAUCAUAAAAAUAAAGAAUUUUACUUAAAGUUAUAUUGAUGAUUUUAAGUGCCUUCCGACUAAAUCUCACCUAUUUCUUUCUGUCCGAUUUUAUGUUUUUCAUUUAAGUAGUUUCAGAUUGUUGACUUGAUACUGUGAAUGAGUACCAUUUUUUCCAAUUCACUUAAUAAGUUGUCUCUGUAUUAAUCUAUCAACAUGAAAUGUUUACAAAAUAUUAAAAUAGAAAAUUCAUUUAGAGUUUUACAGUUUUAAGCUAUUUUUGUUCUAAAACUUACAGGACUUUAUACAUGGAUGGAAAAAAAACUCAUUUCCUCCAAAUUUCAUGAAACAAUAAAUAUUAUUGUAAACUGA